GUGUGUGGCCCAGCCCACUGUUAGAGAGCUGCUUGCUGUGAGAGUCUCUAGCUGACGUUAGUGUUCUCUCUGCUUCCUGCUGUCUCCAGAUAUGGCUGCACAGCUGGUCGUUGCUCUGCUGGCCUUCACCUCCCUGAGCGUUGCGUCUGACCCGAACUGUACGGAGCUGGUGAAGCCCCUCGUGCUGGACAGUCACAGCCCUAUCUAUGGGAGGUGGGUGCUCCAUGUGGGGACAUGGGACCAGCCCGGCCUGAAGAGCGACCUGGUGUCGGUGAACGGCUCCUGGGUGGAUCUCUCCGCUUCCUCCGACAGUGGAGUCAUGACCAUCUACUGGGCCGACCGCCUGGAAGAUAAAUGCCUUCAGGGUUUAGCCAAUGCCACCAUCUCUGGGAUGACCAGUCACACCACGUUUAAUAUCAACGGUCACACUUCAUAUCAUGAUGGGAAGUACUAUGAGACGUGCUCUGACUGCCUCCUGUCCGAAGACACCACCUUCCUCCCUGAUGGAAAGUCUAAGGGACGAUACUUUUUCCUCUUCACACGGACUGGCGCUCUGGAGCCAUCUGAGUUGGAGAUCUUUAAGAAGCAGGCCGAGUGUCUACAAUUCCUGCCGGAGUACUACUUUGGAGGAACAGAUCUGUGUCCAGAUGAACGAGAGCCUGCUCCACCGGCUGCUGAGAAUACAGAGAGUCAAAUGGAUGAGGAGCCUACUGCACAAUAAAGCAGAGCACCGAAAAGUCAUAUCCCUGUGAACACCAAACAUAUCCAACUUAGUAUGUACUUAGUGGUGUUGUAAUUUGCCCUGCACAUGCCCUGAUAUCUGGUUGUACUGUGGAGUAAUAUUUGAUUAGGUGGUCCGGUUGUUUUCAGCAGCAGCAAUGAGUAAAAGGCCUUUGGAGAGUAAUAUGUGGAUUUAUUAUCUCUGCCUGCUAGGCUAUUUGACCGAUUAUGAUUUAGUUUAAGGAAAUGUGACAUGUCGAUAGCUCAUAGCAUAAUUUGGAGGGUACUGUAAUGGCUGAAAAAUCCACUUGAACCACUCCUCAAAUAGUUGAGUAACAAUUUCCAUCUUUUAGUUUGAAGUAAAUAAAAGUUUUCAUUCUC